CAGUAAUUCAACUGAACAAGAUGGGCGUUUCCGGCUUUCCUCUCCCGGGAUUAAAACAAGCACUGAAAAAGAGUAACAAAACCAAAACCCUCGCGAAAACAAAAUCCAGCACAGCUCGAAAAUUAAUGGCGUCUUCACCGGAGAAUUAAUCCGCUGUUCUUCGAUCUAUCUUCCGAAUCAGCUAUCUCUCUCCACCAGAGAAUUCAUAUCCCAUGGCUGCUCCGUCCUUUUCAACGCCGUUUCAACCCUUUGUCUAUCAGAGCCCACAAGAUUGUGUUACACCCUUUCAGAUUCUGGGAGGUGAAGCUCAGAUAGUUCAGAUUAUGUUGAAGCCGCAGGAAAAGAUUAUUGCAAAACCUGGUUCCAUGUGCUAUAUGUCUGGUUCAGUCCUUAUGGAAAGCAUAUAUAUCCCUGAAAAUGAAGCUGGGGUAACACAAUGGCUCUUUGGAAAGAGUGUAACUAGCAUAGUUUUUCAUAAUACAGGUUCAUCUGACGGAUUUGUUGGCAUUGCCGCACCGUCUCUAGCAAGAAUCCUCCCGAUUGACUUAGCAACGUUUGGCGGCGAAAUAUUGUGUCAGCCAGAUGCAUUCCUUUGCUCAGUUGAUGAUGUGAAAGUAAACAAUAUAGUUGACCAAAGGGCACGCAACAUGAUUGCUAGUGCAGAGGGAUUCCUGAGGCAGAAAAUAUCAGGGCAAGGACUUGCUUUUAUAGUUGGUGGAGGUUCUGUUGUACAGAAAAGACUUGAAGUUGGUGAGGUACUUUCUGUUGAUAUUUCAAGUAUUGCUGCAGUCUCUUCAACUGUAAAUGUUCAAGUCAAAUACAAUGGACCCAUGAGGAGGAUAGUGUUUGGGGGUGAUAACCUCGUAACCGCAGUUCUCACUGGACCGGGUAUUGUGUUCAUUCAAAGCCUGCCUUUUCAUAGGCUUUCACAACGCAUUGCAAGGGCGGUAACAUCACCUAAUAUGAGGGACAACCCAAAGUUCUUCCUCCAGAUUGCUAUUUUCUUCUUUCUUGCUUAUGUUGUAGUUGUGUCAUCCUUAAUUUUGACAGACAUGUGAAGAAUCAUUUUUUUUGUUUCUCUUAGGAUUCUAUAUAUAUCCUUCUUUUUCAAGUCCCAACCAAAGGUUAGCUUUAACUUCUGUUGGCAAUAUAGUAAUACAGGUGAGUUUAUUAUUUUUAAUUAUUUAAACAGGGACAUGCAAUGUAUCAUGUAAAAACAAUUUUAAGUUAUGAGGGCCUAAUACAU